AUGACGACAAUUACCCGAUUCUCCCCGAUGGACCUAUUGUCCAUGAAUUGGACCAAUCUGGAUCCAUUGACGGAGAACUAUGACUUGGGUUUCUACCUUAACUACCUCACAAAAUGGCCAUCUCUGUUUAGCGUGGUGAAGGAUCAUAAUGCUGGUGUGGUAGGAUAUAUUAUGGGCAAACUUGAGGAGCAAGAUGUCCACUUGACACCCGCUGAGCACUAUACUCCAUGGCACGGACAUAUCACAGUCCUGACCGUUGCACCAGCCUAUCGCCGACUUGGUUAUGCUAAAAGGUUGUGCGAGCAAUUAGAGGCCGGUUCCGAUAUCAAGAAGGCCUGGUUUGUGGAUCUUUAUGUUCGGGCAGGGAAUAAAGUCGCAGUAGAUAUGUACAAACGCAUGGGGUACUCGGUAUUCAGGCGAGUCGUCAAUUAUUACAGCGAUGAUCCAACGGGACUUUCAGAGUCUGGCGAAGAUGCUUUUGAUAUGCGCAAACCAUGCAGCCGAGACAAAAAGCUGCAACAUAUUCGAGAAAACGGCGAGAACUUCAGAGUCUCUCCCCAUGAUGUCACCUAA